UCUGCGACAGCAGGGUUAAGAACGGUGAUCGUUGUUAGUGUCCGAACACUUUUAAAAGCCUCUUUAAGCUCAGAGAACAUGUCUACUGCUAUGAAUUUCGGGUCGAAGAGUUUUAAACCUCGGCCUCCGGACAAAGGCGCGUUCCCUCUGGAUCAUUUCGGAGAGUGUAAAGCCUUCAAAGAAAAGUUCAUGAAAUGUCUCAGAGAGAGCAACUAUGACAACUCCAAGUGCCGACUGCAGUCCAAAGACUACCUGGAGUGCCGAAUGGACCAUCAGCUGAUGGCCAAGGAACCUCUGGAGAAGCUGGGAUUUAAGGACCUGAUGGAUCCUCCUCCCAGCCAAGCAGACAAAGACAGCAAACCCUGAUUUAUGACUCCACAUCUGCUGUUUCCAAAGUGCAGAAGCAAAGAGAAGGCAAAGCGUGCUGUGAGCGAGAGCCGAGAAGGAUGAUUGCAAAGACUCUGAAAAUGCAGCUCCUGCAGGAGGACUUUGUGCUUUGUGUGAAUACGAAUUAAUAUUGUACAUAAGAUGAAUUUGUAUAUAGAGAUGCUGUUUUGGCAUGUCAAUAAAUGUUUUGUAUCUAAA